GGAUGCCAGGAAAAUAGAUUUCCUUGCCUGCUCUCUCCUUAUUUAUCUCCUUUUAAUAUGAAUUUCCUUUGUAAAAAAAAUUAAUUAAAAAAAUAGGCACCUACCCCUCGCCAGCCUUUAAACUAUGCAUUUUCUUCUUGCUGCAGGCCAAAAGCCAAAAGAGAGACUCCCAUCUCUCUUAACACUCAGAUCUCUCUCUCUUUCUCUGUCUCUCCCUCUCUCUCCAUAGUGAAGAACCCAAUUGAAGUUUAUUCCAUAUCUUCAUCAAAAGAAUUGUUCUUGUUCUUUACAAUGAGAGAUAUAGUAUCUUGUUUUAGUGAAAAUGCCAUAGAUGUGUCGCAUUCUUCAUGUUCUAGUUUCUCACAUAAUGCCUGUAUCUCUCCAGGUCUAACCCCGUCUGUCCAAAACGCAGUCUCUUGUUUCUAUAAGAUCAUCCUCUCAACUCAAAAACAACUCUUGGCCACUGUUUCUUGGUCAAAAAACCACACCAAUCAAGGCCUUAGCAUUAAAUUUGGCAAUGACCCUUCAGCUUCUUUCAAACUCGGCACUCAUACCAGGUUCUUUAGAAAGCUGAAAGGCAACAAAUUGAUUGAAUCUGACACUUCAAAGAUUGAAGUCUUCUGGGAUCUUUCUUCUGCUAAAUAUGGGUUAGGACCUGAACCUGUUGAAGGGUUUUAUGUCCUGGUCAUGGUUGAUUCAGAAAUAGGCCUGAUUCUGGGUGAUGUAGGAGAAGAAACUUUGACCAAGAAGUUCAAAACUAGCAGUACCUCAGUUGCUAAAGUCAGUCUAAUUUCAAGGCAAGAGCAUUGUUCAGGCAAUACUAUAUAUGCUACAAAGGCACAGUUUUGUGAAACAGGAAUUCAACAUGACAUUGUGAUCAAAUGUAGUGGAGAAACUGAAGGCUUGAAGCAUCCUGUAUUAUCUGUAUAUAUUGAUAAGAAGACGGUGAUCCGUGUAAAGAGGCUGCAAUGGAAUUUUAGAGGCAACCAGACAGUUUUUCUUGAUGGAUUGCUUGUUGAUCUGCUUUGGGAUGUCCAUGACUGGUUCUUUAAUCCUGGUUCCGGCUAUGCUGUCUUCAUGUUCAGGACAAGAAGUGGCAUGGAUAGCAGACUCUGGUUGGAGGAGAAAUUGGUGCAGAAAGAGCAAGAAAGGGUCGAAUUCUCUUUGUUGAUUUAUGCCAGUAAGAGCCCUUGAAGAAAAUUACUAACUUAUUCAUUUUUUUUUCCUUUGAUUUUAAGUGCCAUUUUUUUGUUUUCCUUUCAUCUUGAAAGGCAUAGAUACUUGAAUUCUUGUGAUCAUAUAAGAAAUAAUUUUAGUUGUUCAGAAGCAGAAAUGUGAAAUUCUGAUGUAACAUUUAAUUAGUUGUUGCUUGAUUUA